AUGGCGGCUCCGCUCGGGCGGGACACUCUACCUGCCCACUGGUCCUACGGAGUCUGCAGAGAUGGCAGGGUGUUUUUCAUCAAUGAUGAAACUCACAGCACUACUUGGCUCCAUCCGCGCACCGGUGAACCUGUCAACUCUGGCCACAUGAUACGGUCAGAUUUACCACGGGGAUGGGAAGAGGGUUUCACGGCACAGGGGGCUAGCUACUUCAUAAACCAUAACCAGAGAACGACGGCAUUUCAGCACCCCGUAACAGGACAGGUUUCCCCCGAAAACACGGACUUCAACCUUCAGGAACUGCUCAAUUCCCAGAUGUCCAAACCACAGCCCGAGCAGCGGCCCUCUAGCAUGGUCAGUGAGUCCUCCACGGCUGUCACCACCUCCACCGUGGACACUGCCCCGGCGACAAAGGGCUCCAGGUCCAGCGGAAAGGUGCACAGCUUUGGCAAGCGGGACCAUGCCAUUAAAAGGAACCUCAACGUGCCGGUGGUGGUGAGGGGAUGGCUCUACAAACAGGACAGCUCUGGAAUGAGGCUUUGGAAGCGCAAGUGGUUUGUGCUGUCAGAUUACUGCCUGUUUUAUUAUAAAGACAGCCGGGAGGAGACAGUACUGGGCAGCAUUCCUCUGCCCAGCUACGUCAUCUCUCCGGUGGAGCCCGAAGACCACAUCAGCCGCAAGUACGCCUUCAAGGCCUGCCACACGGGGAUGCGCUCCUACAUUUACAAUAAGAACUCUGUGAUUGGCUCGCAGGCCGAGCACAGCGGCAUGAGGACCUACUUCUUCAGCGCUGACACGCAGGAGGACAUGAACGGCUGGGUGCGCGCCAUGAACCAGGCCGCGCUCAUGCAGACCCAUGGCACCAAGAGAGAGUCUGAAAAAUCAGAGACGUCUGAAAAGUCAGUAGAGGCGGAGAGCUUGGAACAACAGGCAGUCCUGCAGCCCAAUCACGUCAACAGCUGUGGCAAGAGCCCCUCCCAGCCUGAGGACCUGCACCAGCUAGGGAACGAGCCUGUGGCCUUGGAGGGGAGUGAGGAAAUCCACACAGAGCCUGCGGAUGAGGAGCAGGACGUCUUUCGUAAGGAAACUCCAGACGCCCAGGGUGAGGCCAAGCCACCUUCCGGUGUGGUGGUGGCUGAGGUGGAGGCAGACGCCCUCUCUCCCGACUCGGCUACCCCCUCGCGAGCCCCCUCCGCCCCGCCCACACACAGAAACGGCCUGCCUCCCGAGCAGAACGGAAAUCCAGUGUAUAGGAGGGACCCCGCACAGCGCAGUGAGGCAGAGAGGCAGGUGCAGAGGAAAAGCGCCCUGGCGCAGGUGGAGCACUGGGUGAAGGUACAGAAGGGGGACUCCAGGAGUCUUCCCUCCUCGGAGCACACCCUCCCUCGGCGGACCCCCCCCUUGCAGCCCAAACUCAGCGCAGUAGAGGCCUACCAGUCGUUGCCAAAGACCUCCCGCCACCCGUCCGGCGGAAGCUCCCCGCCAGCUCCCCGAAACCUGCCCAGCGACUACAAGUAUGCUCACGAUCGACUCAGCCACUUCCGCAUGUCAACAGGCGAGCGCAUGGCCACCAAGGAGGGCAUGGUGUGGCAGCUGUACGAGUGGCAGCAGAGGCAGCAGUAUCGGCAUGGCAGCCCCACCGCACCCAUCUUCGCUGCUGCAGCUGCAGACUAUGCCGACUCGCCUUCCUUCAGGGUCACGCUGGAGGUGCCCCGCUCGAUCUCGGUGCCACCAUCACCUUCUGACAUCCCCCCGCCUGGACCCCCGCACAAGACCCUGUCCCCACGCAGGCCGCACACACCUGCAGAGCGGGUGACUGUGCGGCCACACGAAGAGAAGCCAGCAGCGGACGUCCCUGCCACCACCUCCCCCCGGCGGAUACGCUCCCAGCCCUCCAAGACCGCUCAUAUAGAGAGGCGCUCAAUGCCACCCAUUGGCUACAUCACACACACAGUCAGUGCACCCAGUUUGCAUGGUAAAACGCCCGAGGAGUUGACCCUGCUCCUCAUUCAGCUCAGGAGACACCAGGCCAGGAUGGCCAGUGUGCGCAGUGAUGCACUAGCCCACCUUCAACAGCACAACGGCCCCUCUGGGGCCCGCCUCCAGGCCGAUGAUACAUACAUGCAACUGAAGAAGGACCUGGAGUAUCUAGACUUGAAGGUAACAGGACGGGAAACUUUAAAAGACAGAUCAGCAAAACCGCUCAGAAUUGCCGAAAGUGACGUGGAUGUAAAGCUGAGCAGGUUGUGUGAACAAGACAAGAUUCUUCAAGAGCUAGAGACAAGGAUGCGCACACUGAAGGAGGACAAGGACAAGCUGGAGUCGGUGCUGGACGUGUCCCACCAGCAGAUGGAGCAGUACCGGGACCAGCCGACCCAUGCUGAAAAGAUCGCCUACCAGCAGAGGCUGCUGCAGGAGGAUGUGGUGCACAUCCGGGCCGAGCUCUCCCGGGUCUCCACGGAGAUGGAGAAGGCCUGGGAUGAGUAUGGCCGACUGGAGAUGGAUUUGGUCCAGCUGAGAGACGCCUUGCAGGAACAGAUGACCAGAAGCAUCCUCUCUCAGCAGGACAAAGCUCUGACCAGGAGAGAGCUGUGGAGAAUUGAGGAUGUGAUGGCAGGACUCAGCUCCAGCAAAGCCAACUAUGAAAUCACCAUAGACUCUGUGAAGAACCCAGAGAGGAAACUCGUGCCUUCAGUGUCCUUGUCCGUGGUGCCUUCUCUGUUGGCGAGUACGUCUGUUGCAGAGACGAGGCCUGCCCAGCGCAGCCCGCACCUCAGCCCCAGACAGCCAGCCCCAGACAGCCGGCCUUCCCAGCAGCCCCUACAGCAGCCAGCCCAGGCCCUCCAAGUACCCACACACCAGAAGUCUGUGCCAAAGUGGGAAGAGGAUGAUGCCCCUCCCAGACCGCCCCUCCCCCAGCUCUACAGUCCUGAAGAGCAACCCCCUGCUGUGCCCCCCCUGCCCAAGGAGGCGUCAGUCAUCCGACACACAUCUGUGCGGGGCCUGAAGCGCCAGUCAGAUGAGAGGAAGCGCGACAGGGAAAUCGGCCACAGCAUCAACGGCGACUACAGGAUGGAGCUGCGGUCGUGCCUGAGCGAGCCUGAGUUGUUGGGUCUGGGGAACCGGCCUGGUCAGCUGUAUGUGGGGGCCAUGGGGCCCGACAGCAGCUACCAGACCUUACCAAGCAGAGGACUGGCUGGCUCAACUUCUGGACUGAACCAGUCCUCAAACAUUUCGUCAUAUGUUACUCUCAGAAGAGGAGUCACUGCUUCUGGCCUGAAGGAAAGACCAAAGAGUGCCUUGGAGCGGCUGUACUCUGGGGAGCCACAGCCACAGAGAGGCCGAAUGAGUGCUGAGGAGCAGCUGGAGCGCAUGAAGAGGCACCAGAAGGCGCUGGUGCGAGAGCGCAAGAGAACCCUGAGUCAGGGCGAGCGCCACUCCACCUCUUCCCGUGCCUCCUCCUCCACCUCCCGGCCCCUCUCAGCAGACCUGGGCUCAUGGAGGCGAGAGCAGGCCUUUGAUUUGCAGCUGCUGGAGCAAGCGGUGCCCGGAGAGGAGCGGCCCGUCCAGUAUGUGGAGACCCCACGGCCCUGGUCUGAUGAGUGGCUGACCGCUCAGGCCACGCCUGUGCAGGAGCCAGAACUGGAGCCCCUGGACUAUGACCUAGAUCUCAGCCGCGAGCUCUCCCCACCUGAGAAGGUGUCCAUCCCAGAGCGCUACGUGGACAUAGAGCCAGAGGAGCCACUCAGCCAGGAGGAGAGAGAGGCACGGCAGAGGAAAGCAGAGCAAAUAAAGAGCGUGCUGGCUCGGUCCAGUGUUCAGAACAUGCAGCCACCCAUUGCCCUGGAUACACCAGAUUUCUCAGACCUGGACUCAGCCCUGCAGGAGCAGGAGCGGAUCAUCACCAUGUCCCAGGCUCUGGCUUCGGAGGCCUCGCAGAGGAGCAGGGAGGUGGCAGCAUCACGGCAGGUGUAUGAUCCCACCACCCCCACUUCUCCUGUUGCUAUGGCACCCCACCCACCUCUGAGCAAUGGAUUUCACUACACGUUUGUCUAA